AUGGGCUCAAUACCUCUGACAAAAUGCAACCGUACAGAUUCUGAGAAUAAUGCUACCAAAAAAGAUUCAUUCACGGAAGUGUUUAAUUUUGUCUCAUCAUCGGCAUAUUUAGUGGCUUUUGCUCUAUUGAACAGUGGACUGUGGAGCGACUCCCUCGUUUUUAAACAUCCCAGGUGUUAUCGCUGGAAAACUGUUGCAGUAGUUAAGCUUUACGAAGAAACUUCUGAAUGA